GCCGCGGGGCCGCGCAGGGCGCAGUCCUGGCGGCGGCAGCUCGCGACGCAGCAGAAGUUUCAUUUAGAGUCUCGAGACUUUUCCCACCGGAAGUGGUGAUCGGACCAUCGAUCAGCGACCACAGAACCGAUCAGUCCACCCUGAACCGAUCACCGGGAAAAGGUUUUGAUUCUGAGUCCAAAAGAAGGAAUUUCUCUGUUUCCUGUUUGCUCCCAGAUUUUAAUGAAGAUGGAGACCUGUUCCUCUGGGUUCUACAGCGCCCCCUUCAGGACUCAGGAGGUUCCUCUGGGUUUGGACCUGGGUCUUCAUGAGUUUCCCGGUGAAGACCCGGGUCUUCUGUUGGACUGGCCCGGUUCGGGGCAGCAGCUGGUCUUCGCAGAACCGAACAAACCGUCGCUUCAGUACGACGUCAAAGUGUCCUCCAGUGACGGCGUCCUCUUCAACCUGGACUCGUUCCAGGACUUCAGCUGCUGGACGUCCGUCCCCCUCGAUCCUACUCAGACCAGAUACCAGGACCCCCUCCGGUCCUACCGGGACCCCCCCCAGUCCUACCAUGACCCCCUCCAGUCCUACCCGGGCGGAGCCUUCAGCCCGGGCCUGGACGGCGGGCUCAGCCCCUUCCCGGGCGGCGGCGGCGGCGGCGGAUCUCACGCCCUGCCAGGUGAGCCGGACCAGACGUACUGCUCUUCCUCCUCCUCCUCCUCUUCCUCCUCCUUUUGGCAUGAGGCCCCGCCCCCCAGCUUCUCGGCCCCGCCCCCCCCUCCGGAGCCGUUCUGCCCCCGGGUGGCCAAACGGCGGACCCCGGCCCUGCAGAGGCCCGAGAGGGAGGCGGGGGGCAGCGGCAUGUCGGCCUAUCCAGGCUCCGGGCCCAUCCAGCUGUGGCAGUUCCUGCUGGAGCUGCUGCUGGACGCGUCCUGCCACGCCUUCAUCUGCUGGACGGGGGACGGCUGGGAGUUCAAGAUGUCCGACCCCGCCGAGGUGGCCCGGCGCUGGGGUCGCUGUAAGAACAAGCCGAAGAUGAACUACGAGAAGCUGAGCCGCGGCCUGCGGUACUACUACCACAAGAACAUCAUCCACAAGACGGCGGGGAAGCGCUACGUGUACCGCUUCGUCUGCGACCUGCAGGGCAUGCUGGGAAAGACGGCGCGGGAGGUGCUGGGCGGCCCGGGCCCGGCGCCGGGCGGCGAGGCGGAGGCGGAGCGCGGCGGACAGACGUGGACGGCGCCGUAGGGACAGCGUUAUGAAGAACGGUGGACAGACGGAGACACGUCCUGCAACCGGCCGGUCCCUCCGAGACCCGCCCAGACCGGGUCAGGGUCUGGGCGGGUUCAGAGUCUGGGUCUAGAUUACAGAUUACUGGUUCUAGGUGUUCCACUGCAGACUCCAGGUUCAGGUCCAGAUCAGGUCCAGGUCCAGGUCCAGUACUGGCUCCUCCAGGUGAACCUGGACCAGCAGCCUCUGUUUUCUCUUUCUGCACUUUGUGAAGUUUGUGUACUUUGUGUACUUUGUGUUUUCUGUUGUUUUGUUUUUUCACGUUGAGCUCAUGUUGACCUUUGACCUCAGAACGGUUCAAAGCAGGAAGUUUUGACACGAGAUUAUUUUUUGUAAAUAAAGUAAAAC